CAGCUACCAUGCUGCCACUGGGCUCAGAGCCGGCCCUGAAUGAGCUGCUGCUUCGCAAGGAGGAGGAGUGGAGGGCGCUGCAGGCCCACCGCACCCAGCUGCAGGAGGCGGCUCUGCAGGACACACGGAGCCAGCUGGAGGAGGCGCAGGGGAAACUGCGGUGCCUGCAGGAGGACUUCAUCUACAACCUUCAGGUGCUGGAGGAGCGGGACCUCGAGCUGGAGCGCUAUGACGCCGCCUUCGCCCAAGCCAGGGAGUGGGAGGAGGCCAGGCGGGCAGAGGUGAGCGAGCUCAAGAUAGAGGCGGCUAAGCUGAGGCAGGCGCUAGCCAGAGAGGCCAGGAAGGUGGAGGAGCUGCAGCAGCAGCAGCAGCUGGCGUGCCAGGAGCAUCGCCUGGAGCUGGAGCGCGUCCACAGUGACAAGAAAGGUGAGAUCGACCACCACCGGGAACAAUAUGAAAAUCUAAAAUGGACGCUGGAGAGAAAACUUGAGGAGCUCGACGGUGAGCUAGCUCUGCAGAGACAGGAACUGCUGCUGGAGUUUGAAUCGAAAAUGCGGAAGAGGGAGCACGAAUUCCGUCUGCAGGCUGACAACAUGAGCAACACAGCCUUGUCCCGGGAGCUUAAGGUUAAACUACUGCACAAAGAGCUGGAGGCUCUGAAGGAAGCCGGGGCAAAGGCUGCAGAGAGCCUGCAGAGGGCAGAGGCCACCAAUGCCGAGCUGGAGAGGAAGCUCCAGAGCCGAGCCGGGGAGCUCCGGGACCUGGAGGCCGUGAGCCGCGCCCGGUGCGCGAGUCUUUCAUCUCCCGAGGCGUGCUCUGUGGCAGCCUCUCAGGCCGGGACCGGAGUCUGGGGGUUCUACCUUUUCUGCUCAUUCCAGGCUGGUCUUUGCUUUCAUCUCACUUGCUCCUUCCAUAAAUAUUUGUUUCUUUUCAGGGUAAAGGACUUAGAGGAUAAACUUCACUCUGUGCAGCUAACCAGGAAGAAGGAAGAGGAAACAUUUAAGAGGAAGCAUGAGGAGCUUGACCGUCUGGCCAGGGAGAAGGAUGCGGUGCUGGUGGCGGUGAAGGGAGCCCAUGUGGAGCAGCUGCAGGAGCUGCAAGCCAGGGUUCUGGAGCUGCAGGCCCACUGCGAGACCCUCGAGGCACAGCUCCGCAGGGCAGAGUGGAGACAGGCUGACACCGCCAAGGAGAAGGACGCUGCCAUUGACCAACUUCGUGAAGAUGCAUCAACUGUAAAAUCUGCCUGGGAUGCUCAGAUUGCUCAACUAUCUAAGGAGAUGGUCUCCAAAGACCUUCAGAUUCAGACGCUGCAGGAAGAAGAGGUGAAGCUCAAGGUACAGGUGGCCCGAUCCCAGCAGGACAUUGAAAGGUACAAGCAACAGCUGUCCCUGGCGGUGGAAAGGGAGCGGAGCCUGGAGCGUGAUCAGGUGCAGCUGGGCCUGGACUGGCAGCGCCGCUGUGACGACAUUGAAAGGGACCAGAUCCAAAAGUCAGAGGCCCUGAUUCAGGGUCUGACCACGGCAAAAAGUCAGGUUGCUGCCAAGCUGCAGGAGACAGAGCAGGCGCUACGGGAGCAGGAGGUGGUGCUGAAGGCUGUGACCCUGGAACGAGACCAGGCCAUGCAGGCCCUGAGGAUACAUGGGCUCCCCGGACCAGGGGCACAGAUGCUCCUCAGGCAGCAUGAAGAAGAAAUAAGUAAAGACUUUCCAUCCAGUGAGAUCCAGCGGCUCCGAGAGCAGAACAUGAGCUUGCGAAACGCGAUUGCCCAGAUGAGGAAAGAAAUGGAGGCUCUAAGCCAUCAGAUUCCUCCUCCUGUCCAGACAGCAGCAGAGAGCACAGAUGCAAACCAGCCUGACCCAGAGGCUGGGGGUGAUGCCGCCACUCCUGAUUAUGUUCUGGCCCUUGAAGCAGAAAUAAGAACUCUAAAGCAUAAGUUUAAAACUCUGGAAAAGCAUCUAGAAGAUACGUUGGAUCCUUUAAAGAUGUCCUCACCUCAUGCUGAGUCUCAGCCCAGCGUCCGCACCUCGACAGAGACGACUGGUGAGUCUGACCAACAUGGUGAAACCGGAGGGUCUGUCCAAGCUGGUCAAGCAGGAGGAUCUGUCCAAGCUGGCCCAGUAUCCUCUGGACUGGCACUCAGGAAGCUUGGGGACAGAGUGCAGCUCCUAAACCUGCUGGUGACACAACUCAGACAGAAGGUGCUGCGGGAACCCCUGGAGCUGGCCGCUCUCCAGCAUGAGCUUCCGCGUGAGGUGGACCAGGUACACCUGGAGAUUUUGGAGCUGCGGAAGCAGGUGGCUGAGCUGGGGAAGCAUCUCAGGAUAGCCCAGCAUGGGGGAGCGGAGCCUUCAGGCAGGAAGCAGCCCCCAGCCUCAGACGCCGUAGCCCUUGGGAGAGAGGGCCUCGCCAAGAGAGGGCCUAUGGAGGCCGAGGACCAGGGGGAGCUUUUCCUGCACUUCCAGUCGGUGGCACGUGCCCCCCAGACCUUAUCUAUGCACCAACUCCAGAGGAAGCUGAAGGAGGCAGCCAGAAAAAUCAUCAGCCUCCGCCUGGAGAAAGAGCAGCUCAUCGAGAUGGGGAACAGGCUCCGUGCAGAGCUGGGCCGGCCCGAAAGGUGGCUGUUGCACCACACCCUCCCUCCUGCCCCCGAGGCCCGGAAGCCAGGCGAGGAGCCCAGGAGGCCUUUGGAUCGCAGCCCACCUUUGGGACAGGUGCAGCCCCAUUUUACAGCUCAGGAUGCCAAGAGUGCCAAGGAUGAGUGUCCUUCCAGACACUUGGGAAAGCACCGGCCCCGCUCAGCACAGGUGGGCAGCAGACUUGACGCCCUGCAAGGCCCAAAGACACAACACAGCAUCCACACGGUGACCUGUAAAUCACCUCAGCAGCAAGAAGACAGGUCCCCAAAGCCACCCCAGGCUCCCGAGCGCCCUGAGGAGCGUCGUCGCCAAUCCCACAGCUCCUCCUCCUUUUCCAGUGGCGCCCUCCAGGACACGUGGAGGUUGCUAGACCUGGGAUCCAGCCCUUCUGGUCUCACCUCCCAGGGUGACUCAACUCCAGAGCUCCCAGCUCCUCCAGCAGCCCACAGGAGCCCCGUCAAGAUGCAAGCAGGCGUUGCCACCCCAGGGAUGAAGACGGCAGCCCAGGCAAAGGCCAAGCCCACAGGAGCCUCCCGGUCUCAUCCUGCAAAAGCUAAAAGCUGCCAGAGGCCCCCCAAGAUCCGUAACAACAUUAUGGACCCUUCCUCCCCCCCCGCCGUCCCGCCCCGCCCCACUCGGGGUGCCUGUGCUUUCACCUACGUGUUGGGGGUGUGUGGGCACAGCGUGCAGGGUGGAGGCAGGGAGCUGCAGGGCAGGCUCCCAAAUGCUGCUGAGGCGACCCUGCUGACUGAAGGCCUCCCUGAGCACAGGGCCCAUUAAAACCAGGUUCCUCCCUGGGGCAUCUGCUUGGCCGCA